UAGUUUCGAAUAAAUUAACGUGUUGUUAAAGCAAUACAAGAUUUUGUCAGUCAACGAACUUUCCUUUUCAUGUAUUCACAAUUCAGACUUCCCAAAUUCCUCAACAUACUAUCUGACAUUUGUGAGAGUUCGGGAGGCUGCGCCAACUCGCCCUCGCUCUCUCACUCUUUUCCCUUCUGCGACUCCAAACCUUCCUCUCUCGACCUCUCUCCGCCGCCUUCUGCCGCCUCCGAUCUCAAAACUCACCACGUCCGUCGAGUUCAGAUCGACCACCGACGCCUCCGCCUUCCAAAUCCCUACUUUCGCCUUCGCUCACUUUCAGCUCGAGAUGGAGGAAAUAGCCCGGGUUUUGAUUGCCGAAUCGUAAGAGAAGAUGUUCGGUUCUUCUAAUCCUUUUGGGCAGUCAUCUAGCAGCCCGUUUGGGUCUCAGUCGGUAUUUGGGCAGACCAGCAGCACAAGUAACAAUCCUUUUGCCCCUAAGCCUUUUGGUAGCACAACCCCAUUUGGUGCGCAAACAGGGAGUAACAUCUUUGGAGGAACUUCAACUGGUGUAUUUAGUGGCACUCAAGCUUCUUCACCUUCGUCUUCCUCCACAACCUUUGGUGCUGCGUCCUCACCAGCUUUUGGAAAUACAACGCCUGCUUUUGGAGCAACUUCUAGUCCUUGGACUGCUUGUAGCACCAAAGGUUGGGGUGCUUGUAGCACCAAAACUUGGGGUGGUGGUAGCACCAAAGGCUGGACUACUUGUAGCACCAAAGGCUGGGGUGGUGGUAGCACCAAAUGCUGGCUGACUUGAUCCACCAAAUGGCGUGGAGGAACCAAAUAUACUGCUCCCAAAUGCUGGCUGUGAUGCUUGAGUUGUACUUCCAAAAGGACUUGUUUGAGCAGGAUUGGACCCAAAUGCUCCAAACACAGGCUUCUGACCAAAACCAGAUGAACC